GAUUGCACGUCCUCACCUACAACCGAUAUCUGCCUACUAACCUACUUAAACCUCUCACCCGACACUCACGUAUCCGCCGACGAGCUCACCUUUGUUUUCUCUCUCUUUUCCUCCUCCUCUUCUCGUCAGAGAACCCCAACAACCAAACCAUGGCCUUCCGCGCGAUCCCGCGGCGCGCAGCGCGCCCGCUCCUACCGCCGCUCUCGCUCCGCGGCCGCGGCCGCGGCUCCGCAGCGUUCCACGCGUCGGCGGCGCGCGCGGUCGUGCAGCCGGGGGACGCGCUGCCGGACCUGGCGGUGCUGCACGAGGGGUCGCCGGGGACGCGGGUGAGCCUGGGGCGGGAGCUCGGCCCGGGCCGCCGCGGCCUCGUCGUCGGCGUCCCCGCCGCCUUCUCCGGCGCCUGCUCCCAGACCCACGUCCCCGGCUACCUCCGCCACCCGCGCCUCCGCGACGCCGGCCGCGUCUUCGUCGUCAGCGUCAACGACGCCUUCGUCAUGAAGGCCUGGGGCGACCAGCUCGACCCGACCCACGAGUCCGGCGUCCGGUUCCUCGCCGACCCGAGCGGCGCCUUCACGCGCGCGCUGGACCUCGGCUUCGACGGGUCCGCCAUCUUCGGCGGCAUGCGCGGCCGGCGCUACGCCCUCGUCGUCGACGACGGCCGCGUCCGCUCCGUGCACGUCGAGCCGGACAAUACCGGCACGGACGUCUCGCUGGCGGAGAAGGUCCUCGGCCCGGCCUAGUUCGGACUCGCCCUCCCCCCCCCCGAGAGAGGCCGACGGUGUGAGGGAUGCCGCCGGAGACGAGAGGGGUGAUGAGCAGGACGGGAGUCCUC